UUACACUGCUCGCUUUGAAUACAAUCCAUGGCCCCACAUCACCACACAUUCUUCUGAAAGCCCCUCAUUUUUCUUUUCUACAAAUAUUUUCCCACAACACAAAAGCUCAAGUCUUGAUUGCUGUUUUGAGAAACAUCAACCCAUUUAAGUUUUUGGUUGUUUUGUUUUUCACAUGUAGUUUUAGUGUUUUGAGUUCUUUGGUGAAACUGUGUUUUGAGUUGGGUUUCUUGAAAAAAAUUGAUCUUUUUGACAAAUCUAGAGUUGUUGAUGAAGUUGGUGUGAGAAAGUUUCAAUCUUGGUAAAAAUGGUGAGCACUGCAAACAAUUGGAGAUUCCGGCCAGCUUAUGCUAUGGUGAAUGGGGGACCCGACUUGGCUCCCACUAGUGCUCCGGCGAGUAAUGCCGGGUCGGAGUGCGGCGACGUUGAGUUCACCAGAGAAUAUGUUGAAGCAUUGUUGAAUGAGAGGCCCAAAAGGAAAGACAGGUUCAGUCUCAAGGAAAAAUGUGACUCUUUGACUGACUAUAUUAGAAGGCUGAAGCCUGUUAUAAGAUGGUUUCAAGAGCUUGAGGGAAACUAUUUGUUGGAGCAUGAAAAGUUACAGAACAGUUUGGAAGUGUCUGAGCUAAAGCGCUCUGAAAUGGAUCUUUUACUGAAAAACAAGGAAGAGGAAUUGAAUUCAAUUAUAGCGGAGCUUAGGAAAAACUAUGCUUCAUUACAGGAGAAAUUUACUAAAGAAGAAAUGGAUAAGAUGGCUGCAAUGGAUUCUUUCACCCGAGAAAGAGAUGCUAGACUUGAAAUUGAGCGGUCCAAGUAUUCCCUCUCAGAUGAGCUUGAAAGAGUUCAACGAGACCUCACAAGUUCUAAACAGCAGAAUGCUUCACUGAGUGACAUGUACAAACGGCAGCAAGAAUAUAUUGCAAAUUUGCAGCAGUACAACAGUAAACUACAGACUGAUCUCUCCACAGUGGAGGAGGACCGUAAGCGUGUGGAGACCGAAAAGGCUAGUAUCGUGGAGAAUCUGGGCAUGUAUAGGGGUCAGCUUCAAGUGUCCAGGCAAUGUCAGGAGGAGGCAGUCAAGCAGAGAGAUGCUUUGGCCACUGAAGUUGCAAGCCUUAAAAUGGACCUGCAACAAGCAAGAGAUGAUUGUGAUCGACAUCAAUUGCAAGUUCAGAGUUUAAGUGCUGAAUUUAUGGAGUAUAAAGAGUCUACCGAAAAAUCUUGUUAUGAGUGGGGUAACCUCACAUCAGAAAAUGCAGAACUGGAGGCAAGGUGUCUGUCACAAAGUGAACGCAUAAAGGAAUUGCAAGACCAACUAAUGAGUGCAGAGAAGAAAUUACAGCUGUCCGACUUAUCUACAAUGGAAAGAAGAACAGAAUAUGAAGGGCAAAAGAUUCUUAUAAGUGAGUUACAAACUCGUUUGGCGGAUGCAGAAUUUAAACUUAUUGAAGGAGAAAUGCUGCGUAAAAAGUUGCACAAUGAAAACUUGGAACUAAAAGGAAACAUCCGCGUAUUCUGUAGAGUCCGACCUUUUUUGGCUGAAGAUGAUUCUAACACAGAAGGGAAAAUUAUUUCAUAUCCCACAUCAAUGGAUGCUCUUGGACGGGGGAUUGAACUAGCGCAAAAUGGGCAAAAACAUUCUUUCAAAUUUGACAGAGUUUUUAUUCCUGAUGUAUCACAAGAAGAUGUAUUCGAAGACAUUUCACAACUCGUUCAAAGUGCUCUUGAUGGUUAUAAGGUUUGCAUCUUUGCUUAUGGUCAAACAGGAUCAGGCAAAACCUAUACCAUGAUGGGUAAGCCGGGGGAUCCAGAGCAAAAAGGUUUGAUCCCUCGUACAUUGGAACAAAUAUUUAAAACCAGACAAUUUGUCCAGCCACAAGGCUGGAAAUAUGAAAUGCAGGUGUCAAUGUUGGAAAUUUACAAUGAAACAAUUCGUGAUCUGUUAGCAACAAAUCGGUCAUCUUUGGAAAGAACAGAAAAUGGUACCCCUGGAAAGCAAUAUACAAUCAAACAUGAUGUAAAUGGAAACACCCAUGUCUCUGAUCUUACCGUUGUGGAUGUGCGUAGCGCUAAAGAAGUUUCUUUUCUCCUAGAACGGGCUGCUCAUAGCAGGUCUGUAGGCAAGACUCAAAUGAAUGAGCAAUCAUCACGGAGCCAUUUUGUUUUCACACUACGCAUAUAUGGUGUUAAUGAGAGUACUGAACAACAAGUACAAGGUGUCCUGAACCUUAUUGAUCUUGCGGGGAGUGAACGCCUUUCUAAGAGUGGAUCAACUGGGGAGCGAUUGAAAGAAACUCAAGCCAUCAACAAGAGCUUGUCAUCUUUAAGUGACGUUAUAUUUGCCUUGGCAAAGAAGGAGGACCAUGUGCCAUUUAGGAACUCAAAGCUUACUUAUCUUCUCCAGCCAUGUCUAGGAGGGGACUCAAAGACAUUGAUGUUCGUAAACAUUGCUCCUGAUCCCUCAUCAGCAGGUGAAUCACUCUGCUCACUUCGUUUUGCUGCACGUGUAAAUGCCUGUGAGAUCGGAGUUCCACGACGUCAGACUUACAUGAGACCUUCAGAUUCACGGUUGAGCUAUGGUUGAUCUUUGAUCGCAUAUAUUUUUCUGUUAAUUCAUGAUCAAUUAUUUGUAUUGCAUCAGUAGGAAGAGUUAUGAAGUGAAAAUUGAGAAUGGUUCUAGCAUAGGCUUAUUUGUAUAGUAACGAGUUGUGUAUUCCUAUCAGCUAAACAUAGGAGAAUCCUUUAUUCUUCA